CCUCCGCCAGCCCCGCCCCUUUUGCCUGGAGUCGGGCUCCGGAGCUGCUGGGAACAGUCUGCCUGCGAGUCCUCGGCACUGAUCUUGACCACGGAUUACAGGAUUCCACAAACAAGAACGGUCUACCAGUCAGAGCUGGGCAGGUAGGAGCCAAGAGAGUAGCUACAAUGACUUCAGCAGUUCUGGUGGACAUCCGAGAUGAGGUCACCUGCCCUAUCUGCUUGGAGCUCCUGACAGAACCCCUGAGCAUAGAUUGCUGCGGUCACAGCUUCUGCCAGGCCUGCAUCACAGCAAACAGUGACAGGUUAGUGCUCAACCCAGAAGGGAAGAGCAGCUGUCCUGUGUGCCGGACCGCCUACCAGCCUGGGAACCUCCGGCCUAAUCGACACCUGGCCAUCAUAGUGAAGAGGCUCAGAGAGGUCGUUUUGGCCCCGGGAAAGCAGCUGGAGGUCAUUCUUUGUGCGGUUCAUGGAGAGAAACUCCAGCUUUUCUGCAAGGAGGAUGGGAAGUUAAUUUGCUGGCUUUGUGAGCGAUCUCAGGAGCACCAUGGUCAUCACACGUUCCUCAUGGAGGAGGUGGCCCAGGAGUACCAGGAGAUGUUCCAGGAGUCUCUGAAGAAGCUGAGGAAGGAGCAGCAUGAAGCUGAGAGGCUAAAAGCUCUUAUCCAAGAGAAGAGGGAAUCCUGGAAGAAUCAGGUGGAGCCUGAGAGACACCGGAUCCAGACUGAAUUUAAGCAGCUGCGGAGCAUCCUGGACAGGGAGGAGCAGAGGGAACUGAAGAAACUGGAAUCGGAAGAGAGGAAGGGGCUGAGCAUCAUCGAGAAGGCUGAGGGGGACCUGAUCCACCAGAGCCAGUCACUGAAAGAUCUCAUCUCAGACCUGGAGCACCGGUGCCAGGGGUCUGCAGUGGAGCUGCUGCAGGAUGUGAGUGAUGUCACAAAAAGGAGUGAGUUCUGGACCCUGAGGAAGCCCCAAGCUCUUCCCACCAAGCUGAAAAGUUUGUUUCGAGCCCCAGAUCUGAAAAGGAUGCUGCGAGUCUUUAGAGAGUUGACAGACGUCCAAAGCUACUGGGUGGACGUGACCCUGAAUCCACAGACGGCUAAUUUAAAUCUUGUCCUGUCUAAAAACCGGAGGCAGGUGAGGUUUGUAGGUGCCAAGCUGUCCGAGUCUUCCUGUCUGGAAGAACAUUUUGAUUGUAGUGUCCUGGGUUCUCAGCACUUCUCCUCAGGAAAAUACUACUGGGAGGUGGACGUGACCAAGAAGACGGCUUGGAUCCUGGGUGUAUGCAGUAACCCGGUGGAACCCAUGUUCUCUUUCAGCCAGUAUCCCAGCAAGCAGAGUGCCCACUCCAGGUAUCAGCCCCAGAGCGGAUACUGGGUGAUUGGGUUGCAACAUAAGCAUGAGUACAGAGCCUAUGAGGACUCCUCCACCUCCCUGCUCCUCUCCAUGACAGUGCCACCUCGCCGCGUAGGGGUUUUCUUAGACUAUGAGGCUGGCACUGUCUCCUUUUAUAAUGUCACAAACCAUGGCUUGCCCAUCUACACCUUCUCUAAGUAUUACUUUCCUACUGCCCUUUGUCCAUAUUUCAAUCCCUGCAGCUGUGUAGUCCCAAUGACUCUGCGUCGCCCAAGCUCUUGAGGUCUAGCAACCCCUGCCUACACUACAGCUGAGCAGGUUCCUACAAACACAUGUGAUUCCUCUGGGAGCCUCCGUUCUCUGUGUUCAUGUAGGAUAACCUCCCACUGCUUAUAGUGAAUUCUCUUGACAGAUCUUAUGGGAGACUUUUUAACAUUUCUCUGUUAAUCAUUUAAUCGUUACCUUUUUGUUGUUGUUUGUUUUUCAGACAGGGUUUCUCUGUAUAGCCCUGGCUGUCCUGCACCUCGCUCUGUAUUCCAGGCUAGCCUCCAACUUAUGGAGAUCUGCCUAUCUCUGCCUCCCUAGUGCUGGAAUUACCACCAAGGGUUUUGUUUUGAAAUGGGCUAUAGCCCCGGCUAGCCUUGAACUCUGUGAUUAAGAAUGACCCUGAACUGAUCUUCCUGCUUCCUCCCAAGUCCUGAUUACAAGCACACACCAUACCUGGCUGUGGUUUUGUUUUAGUGUUGAGAUAUGGUCUCCAUAAAUAGCCCAGGCUGGCCACAGGCUCUUAAUUCUUCUACCUCAGCUCCCAAACACUGAUAAUAGGUCUAUCUCAACACCUGGCUAAGAAUAGUAUUUCAUGACAUUUUUAAUUGAUGUCUGUGGUCAAAUGUAAAAAAUUCUCUAUAAAUUAGAUAGGAGUUUUUGUACUAAAUAUUGAAUUCAGCAGGUUGUUUUUUUUUUUUUU